UAGCAUCUUCCUACUUUCAUCUUUUCCCCAUUCACUUCACUUCAUACUCACUCUUUUUCAUUCACAGAUCCCAAAGUUUCAAUCUUUUUUCAUAAAUCUUGAUCCCCUUUUCAGUUUUUGAGUGCAAUUUUUGAGUAAUUUGGCAUGUAGAUUUCGAUUUUUAUGUGAAAAUAUGAUGUGGGUCGAGCUCAGUUUUGGGUGAUGAAUUGGGGUUUUGAGAUGGGUCAGAAUCAGUUCGAAGAAAUGGGGAAAAGGGUUUCGAAAAGGGUCUGGCUUGGAUCCCAAAUGACAAUGGUAUUACUGGUGGGUGGAAAUCACACUUCAUCCAGGUUUUGUACUCGUUAAUCUGUUUGAAUUUGUUGUUUAUUUGGCUUAUUUUUAGCUUUUUAGCUUCUCUGCAAACUUCACUUGCUGUUGGGUGCUACAGAUCUUGAAAUUUUUGAGCUUUAUUAAAGUUGAGAAAUCUAAAAGAAAAAAAUGGAUAUGAAGGUUUUGAAAUGGCAAAUUCUUCAUGGGUCAUUAGUGAAACGUUUGAUUCUGAAAGGGUUCUUGUUUGUUACUGUUAUGAUUGUUGUGUCGUUUGUUCAAAUGACACAUUUGAUUCAGAACUCUGAGCCUAUAAUGUUGAAUUUUGGUGUGUGCCCUUUGAACUUUGGGUCUAACCAGUAUAUGAAUGUCACUGGGCUGUUGAAACCCGUUUCUAGAUUGGGGUUUCCGCUGUUUAGGGUUUCUUUGAUGAAACGCGAUGAUGAAAACUUGGCCAAGAAUGUGUUUAAGGAGCUAAUGGAAAAGGAUCUCUUGGAUUUGAAUGCUAAUGCAUUGUGCGUUGGGAAGAAAUCAUCGGCUGCAGCUUUGGAGUUGCGAGAAUUGGGACUCUUGAAUGCUAUUGGUGUUGAUGCACACCCAUAUUUCUCUCUUGUAUGGAGAAGAUUUGUGUACGAGCUGGAUCAUGAGAAUAAUUCUUUCGAUUUUGUGUUCUCAAGGGAUCUGGAUAAGGUCACUGUUCCAGCUCUUAUGGUUCUUGAGAUUGAGCGCGUCUUACGUCCAGGGGGCACUGGUGCUAUGCUCGUGGGUUCUAGUAGUUUCUAUGCGGGCAAUUUGAUAAAAGGCAACUUGAUAAGGUCUGCCACCCCAGUUUCAUCGUUCUUGAAGAGUUCUGAUGUUGUUCACGUAUGUGGGGUUGGCACCUAUACUCUAGUGAUGUUCAAGAAACGAUCAGAGAUUGUUGAAUCUCUCGAGCAUUCUGUGCUGCCUGCCAAUUGUCCUUCCACUGUGAACAACAAGCCAUACUUGAAGUACCUUGAGCCAAUUGUGGAAAAGAAGCUUGGACAGUUUGAGACGGAAAUCUCAUACUUGCCCAAGUUCAUGAACAUCUCGUCAAGGAACAAACUGGUGUAUAUCAACAUUGGUGCAGGGGAAUUUGUAGAAACAACUCUUGCAAGAAUGUUCAAGCCUCAUUAUCCGAUCCCUCACCACCUGUUCAAUGUUUUCGUUAUUGAUCAUAACACCUCCGCACUAUCUUUAUAUGUAAAGAAUCCUGGUAUUAACUUUGUGUACCAUCCAGGACUCGCUGUUGCUGGGGAGGAUACUUUGCCAUUUGUUGACACUGACGAAUACUUGAGUGCUCCGCUCGAUCAUGAAGGAUUUGGCUUUAUUGGUUGGUUUAGUGAAACAGUUAAAGAAGGAGAUUACGUCGUCCUCAUGAUGAAUGCUAGAGAAGCAGAGCUACAUAUUCUAGCAGAACUAUUCAAAACUGGAUCAAUAUGCCAUGUCGAUGAACUGUUCCUUCGCUGCUCAGCUGCAGACUGCAAAAAUGGUCUUUUUGGAGACUGCAUGAGCCUUUUCAAAACUCUAAGGAGAAGUGGUGUGUUUGCUCAUCAAUGGUGGGGUGACUAGAGUUUUGUCAAGAGUUUGUUGCAUUUUAUGUUUUCCUUUCUUCAACUUUUGCUUUAGUGUCUGUUGGGAAUAAAUAGAGGGGAGAUUGUAGGUUGAAAGUUGAUACUGUAAUCUUACUUUUCUCCCCUCUGGAACUGCACUUGAUGUCUUGUGUAUGUGUCCAUGUGUAUGUGAGUUGCUUCUCUGUAAGUUUCUCUUCAAGUCUAUGGAGGAAAUAUGUGUUGUGUUUUAAAAA